AUUUUUGGACUUACUACUUUUCUAGCAUCUCCAUCUAUGGCUUUUACAGGUAUGCAUGACUUUUUUGACAAUUGCCCAGUCCAGCCACAAAUCCCCUUACAAUUGCUUGUGAGUGGUGUGGUUGGCAGCUUAAAGGCAUAUCUUCUACUUUUGGAUUCUACUAGUAUGGUGCAAUUGCUUUCCAAAUCACUCGUGACGAUAAAUCACAGUAACAAACAUCCAUGGUGGCAGAAUGCCCACAAAGAUUACAUUCAUCUCACACUCACCAUUUUCCCCUAUCCCUGGUUCAUUCUGAGCACUCACUGGGUGUUUUCACUCCACUUGCAAAAGUUCAUCCUAUCUUUCCAUCAUCUUCAAAAUUACCAUGAUGAAAGCCUGUGCAUUUUUGCACAGGGAAUGUUUCUGACUAGUCAUACUGGGGUGACCUUCCUUCUCUUUUACCUCUGAGGCAUCUAUUGUAAUUCCAAGCAACAAUAAAUU